GGAUGAGAAACUAGUUUCAUUCCAACAGACUUGCCUGUUUAGGCAGGAAGAUGCUUCUGCGAUAACAGACGCUACUAUCGCGAAACAGAGUGCGGCUCAUGGACGAUGACCGACAACCGGGGACGCGCCCUGCGGCUUACGCGGAGUGAAAAGUUACCUACCUUAAUAGGUUGGCCCCAACAUGGUGCUGCCGAGAAUUGCAGGCAGCGGUUGAUCUGCACCGGCCGUCGGGCCGCGGUAAGACCUUUGAAUGAUUUUGCCGCGGCACUAUUGCCGACCGAGCUUUGUACUAUCGGGGUUUAUGUCCGGCAGAGACGCUCGUUGCAGCUGCCUUCCAAAAUCAGUAAUGGGAGGGCAGGCCCACGCACACUAAGGAAUGGCAAGCUGCAUUCGCCAGCGACACCGUACCUGGCUUGGAGAGGGAGACAAGAGGGGCAGCACAGGAAAACAUAGCUUAUUUGGUGGAAGUGAGCCACAGUUGGCGGGCCACGUGACUGACUCAGGUUAUAGCGGCAGCCCAACUCCAGCUGGAGACGAUCGGUUCUCGGCGGCAGAUCGACCCGGGCGGGUGGAAGAAGAUGUGGAUUUAGUGAUACAGUAACAAACAGUGCUGGGGGCGCAGGGGAUGGACAACCGGAUAA